AGGUUAAGGAUACUGCAGUGCGAAGUGCGUAGUGCCGUCGGUCGCGCGUGGUGUUUACAAUUUGUCGUGUAUCGACAACUGUCAAAAUCGUACAGGCAAAAAGCGGCUUACUGGGAGAGCGUGUAACGAUAGCGGCACGGUGCCCUUUUGUGCGGUACGAUUUUGUUCCUUGGUAAUGUUAGUUCGGACGGUCGUUGGCGUUGUAGAAGGUUGCAUAUAAGCAGUUACUCAGUGCACCAUGGCAGUACCGCUGGAUCAGGCCGAAAUCCUGAGCGGCAACGACCUGUUACGCAUUUUGCAGCUAUGGGACGAAAAACACAGCAUGUCGGGGUACGACCCGGAACCGAUCGUGACGCGGCUGGCCGAAAUGUUUGAGGCAGAAAUGCUCGCAUAUAAGAUGAAAGAUCCGGAUCCGUUCGACACGCGGCAUCCGUCCCGGACGGAUCCAAACUGUGAGCUGGGCCGGAUGUUGAAGCUGCUUUUCCGGAAGGAUAACUUCAUCACGCGGUUGGUAAACGAUUAUCUGCGCGAUAACUUCUUUACUCGACAGAAUAUGCAGCACAGUUCGCACGCUCUAAAUGUCGCUGCUUGUCGGUUAAUAUUAGUCAUCAUGCCCGGUCUGGAUACGUCCGCCGUCUUUCAAGUGGAGUAUGACCAUCUGAUUAAGCGGCUGUAUAGUUGGGCCGAAAAUAGUGUCGAACCGCUACAGAGCUAUGCAACUGCUUUGCUGGGAGCGGCAAUGGAGGAACAGGAGAUUGCCGUGAGCUUUCGAGAGCAAAAUAUACGCCUCCUGCCAAUCAUGUUGAAUCGGUUACAUGUAUUGCAAAAGGCCCAUCUGCUAGCAGCAAAUCUUUCAGAAUCUGCAACAGCCGGAGUUAGCUCCCCGAAGGCAAUGAGCGCGCCGUCAACAAAGUUAGCAUCAGCGUCUGCACGAAUACAACCGGAAUCGAAUGACAUUGAAACCGAAUCCACUGCUGGUCCGUCAACUUCGCGUGCCGAAACCAACGACCAUCGGGCGAUGGAUCUAGAUGAGGGCGAACAAAGUACAACUGGAUCGCGAACGGUUCCGGGUACGAUUAUGAUUCCGUACUAUCCGUUAACGUCCGCCACGAGCCAGAUGUGUAUUCUGAACUAUCUCACACCCAUGGGCGAGUAUCAGGAAUUUUUGCCGCACGUGUUCGAACAUAAUGCGAUGCAGCUGAUUUUUCGCUACAUUGAACAUCUCGACCCGAAGGAUACCUGUUUGGCAUUUGAGGCGCUAAAGUAUCUCGCAUCAUUGCUGUGUCAUAAGAAAUUUUCACUAGAAUUCAUCGCCAACGGCGGUUUAGAGCGAUUGCUAAAAAUCCCUCGCCCAAGCCUGGCAGCAACCGGUGUGUCGAUUGCGUUCUACUACCUCGCCUACUGUGAGGACGCAAUGGAGCGCAUCUGUCAGAUGCCACGCGAAAUCAUUACCGAGAUGGUAUCAUACGCGCUCUGGUUGCUGGGAUGUUCGCACGACUCUGGCCGAUGCCAUGCGACGAUGUUCUUCGGAUUAAGCUGCCAGUUCAAGAUUAUACUGGACGAGUUCGACAAGCAGGACGGUAUACGACAGCUGUACAACGUGAUUGCCGUACUGCCAGUGUUGGUUGUAUCCGAUGAUUAUCAAAUGAACGAGGAUGAGGAAGCAUCCGAACGGCAGGUGAUACGUCACGUCUGCAUCGCGAUGAAGAAAUACUUCGAGAACCAUCUAUACUAUAAGUACAUCCAGGUGACGCGGCAACAGGAACCGUCCGGUACGUUGACGCAACCCGUCUUUAAAGCGGUAAAAAAUUCACCGGAAGUCAUCAGUCAGCAGAUUACCGCGCUGCAGGAGUUGCUGCCAAUGAAAGCUCACUGGGCACCGGUGGAUGAGCUGUUGAAGUUGGGGGGUGUCACAUUGCUGCUACGCAUAAUUUUACUAACGUUCGAUUGGACAUACAGUGGGCGCGGCGACACCGUACGGUACGCUCUGGAUGCAUUGAGCGUUUGCACCGUAAUAUCUCGUGUGCACAGUGUCUUCGUCGAGCAAGUGCCACAGCAUGAGGGCAAACUGACGGGCAUUAGCGUUCUGUUGAACGCCGUCGAUGGUGAUGUCGCCGAUGCGGAGGUCCAAAAAUCCGCUCUAGCCUUGCUGGUGCAUUUGGUUUGUGCACCGAUUCAUCGACCGAGUGUGUCGCUGGCACGGUACGGUUCGGCGAAAAAGCGCAUGCCAAAUAAAAGCUCCGAAGAGCUAAUCCAGAAGGUUUGGGAGAGCGUUCGCUCGAACAAUGGCAUUCUAGUGCUGCUGGCGUUAAUGCGCAUCAAGGUGCCGAUUACGGAUGCGGAUUGCAUUCGUGGGAUGGCCUGUCGCGCACUGGCGGGCCUUGCGCGAUCGGAAACCGUACGCCAGAUCGUCGGAAAGCUACCGCUAUUUGUUCAUGGGGAAUUACAGAGUUUAAUGCGUGAUCCGAUUCUACAGGAAAAACGGGUGGAGCACGUACAGUUUCAAAAGUACGCGCUGGAGCUGAUGGAACGUGUCUCGGGCAAGGUGGAAUCGUUCGGCAAUCAGGUAGACACUUCGCUGUCCGACAUUCACAAGGCAAAUGUGGUGGCUCAAACGCGAAUCCAGUUCAACGAGCAGCAGGUGUAUCAGCUGGUCUACCAGCACCUGAUUGCAAACGGAUUGAAGGAGACGGCCAGCACAUUGUUGAAAGAGACCGGACUGAGUUCGGCAUCGUUCCAACAGUUGCCCCAUCAUUCACUGCAAAAUCCAUCGUCUUCCUUAUCGCGUUCGGCGGCUUCCCUGCAUUCGCCGUUCGUCUUCCGUUCGCCAAACUCCAACAUUAUACACCGAUCUCGAAUUCGCAGCCGCACGGUUGAUACGUCUUUCAACGCGUCCAUGGCACAAGCGAACCUCCAAGCGGCCCUAGCGGCAGCGAGCAUUGAGAGCAACAGCUCGACUGCUUCUACCACCCUGGGUGGUGUGAAUGGGUACAUAGCCACACCGGACGGAUCCUAUGACGGUACCAGCAGUCCAACGAUUGAUCCAGCGGAACCCCUCGCCCCGAUUAAGCUAAUCAAAAAACAGAUCGUUACAAAUAGUGGCACCCAAAAUGGACAUCACCCGGUGGCGAACAGGGCAGCGGCAACUCCUGCCGAUAUGAAUCGUUCAAACACGUCCAGCACAUCGCAGCGUUCGCUGCAAAAGCAAAUUUCCGCUACGGAUGCGUCCAACUUUUUGCUACUAGCCACUACCACAUCCAAAACGUUACCGACCGAAUUGUCCGCACCAGCGGCCAACAACAUAACGCUAAAUUCGAUCAUUACGGAGUAUCUGACGAAUCAGCAUGCUCUCUGCAAACACCCGAUGUCUACCUGUCCACCGUUCGAUCUGUUCAAGCCUCACAAAUGUCCCGAUCCACGCCCGAAUCGGGUGUCCGGUGUUGGGAACAAUUUUGCCGCACGGUUUUACCGGCGACAGGCAGGAUUCUCAUCCAGACGGUUUGAUCGUCGGCUGGUGCAUUCAAACUUUUCCGCCUCGCGCGUCCUUCGUACGGUCGAGAUGGAUUAUUGUUUUACCUCCUGUGAUUUUACGCCAUGCGGAACAAGGCUUAUAGUUGGAUCGCAAACGGGAGAGGUGAAAAUUUUCAACCUAAACGAUACGAACGAAGAGCACAGCUUUAGCUGUCACGAAACGAAUGUCGCAUCAAUCAAAUGCAGCAAGGACGGUAAAUUGUUGCUCACGUCAGCAGUUUGGCGAUACGGUAUUUCGACCCUUUGGAGUUUGGAGGGUAAUCAAAUAUCGGAAAAGCUCGUAUGGGACGAGGAAGACUACGUAGAGUUUGCAAACAUUACACCGGAGAGGGUGUUGGCCACAACAAAUCAGAUCGCCACCAUAUAUGAUGUCAACACGGGUCAAAGAGUUAUGCGGUUUGAGCCGACGUUUCCCAACCAGUACACGAAAAACCGUGCCACCUUCUGUCCGAACGAUGAGCUUUUGCUAUCCGACGGUGUUCUGUGGGACGUCACAUCCGGCAAGGAGAUACACAAGUUCGACAAGCUGAAUCAAAACAUUUCCGGUGUGUUUCACCCGAACGGACUGGAGAUUGUGGAAAAUACGGAGGUGUGGGAUUUGCGCACGUUCCAUCUGCUUCGGACGGUACCGUCGUUGGAUCAGACGCACGUAAAAUUUUCUGCCCAAAACGUAAUGUACGGCUUAACGCUAGAUAAGGAAGAUUCGGAGAUGGCAGAGAUCGCAGCGUACCAGACAAGCUUCAAAGUUUUGGACAGCUACGACUACUCGAGCAUUGCCACCAUCGACGUGAAGCGUAACAUCUCCGACUUGGCCGUCAAUCGAUACGGUAGCCAGAUCGCGAUCGCCGAGAAUCAGGGCGGCUACAACUUGAUGCAGGAAUCGGUGGUGCGCAUCUACAGCGUCGGACGGAAGCGAAACAGCGGCGACGAUCAGGACGAGGACGAGGAGGAGAUGGAAAACUCGGAGGAAAACAUGUCGGAAACGGAGUCUGUCGUCUUCAGGGGUAUUAGAGCCAAUAAUAAUCACAACAAUGAAGAUGAUGAUGAGGAAUUUGAUGAUGAUGAUGAUUAUGAUGUCGAUGAUGUUGACCUUUCGCAAACAGGUUCCUCCGCAUCAAACAGCGACGAGGAUGGGGAAGAUGAUGACGAUAAUGAUGAUGAGGACGAAGAGGAGGGAGACGGUGAUAACAAUAAUGAUGAGGCGGAUGAUGACGAGGACGAUCAUGAUGGCGGUGUUGAUGAUUCGGAUGAUUCGUCCUGGACGACGGCAUCGGACGUAGAAGAUUAUCUGUUUAGCUACCGCUGAGAAGCCAGCUAGGUACUUCGACAACGGAACGUUAUGUGCAAAAGUAGCAUCAACGUGAAGUGAACCGUGAAUGCAAAAACAAGAAAAAAAAGGACGCUUGAAACAGACCGCUGCAUACCGCUGCAGCCAGUACCAGGGCAAUGUUAGCUAGGAGUUAGUGGCAAUAAAGCUGAUCCCAGAACUAUAGUUGAACGAAAAACAGCACGGUCUUGUACAACAUCCAAACAUCGUCUAAAUGACAGCACCACAAUGUGUAACAAGCUGGAGUAGCUGCCGUUGAAAAAAAAAUUGCAAGACAUUUAUGCAUUAUAAUUUGAUUGCAUUAGUUCCAGGUGUACAGUAGAAUUUAGUUAAGGAGUUGUAUAAACAAAAAGAAAUUCCUACUAGAAAGCCUAUAAGUAAAGGAGCAAAGAAAAGGAAAAUGUAGUCGAAGCACUUUUCACCUAAUGUAGCUAACGACUGAAGUGGAAAGCAGAAAAUAUUUGCAAACAUGUGUAUUCUUAUCAUGUGUGAGUGUUCGGCAUGCGUUAGAUAGGCGUAUUACUGUGCACAGAAGUGCAGGCAAUGUUAUGCAUUAUUUAUUGGAUUGGAUUUGAUGAUUGAUGCUCGUUUGGUCAUUGGUUUUCGCCUUUUGGAAUUAUUGUGUUGUUACGAAAUGAAACGCAUUCACACUACCGAGUGGAUAAUUUAUUUAAAAAAAUACAUGUAUUUGCAGAA